UGCUUCUUCUUCUCGACUGUGUCCUACUGCCUCUUAUUGUUUCUCGUUCUUUCUCGCUGAUCUUCUAGUACUAAGCCUGUCUCUUGUCUUCUCUGUCGUUCUCUUGGUUAAUGAAUUCCACCGUCGUCACCUCUCAUUCUAUUAUUUUGCCAGAAUGGACCAACGAUAUAUUGUUUUAUUCCUUUGAAAUUUUCCAAAAACUACUCAAGCUAAUUGAGUCUUUGCCUGGUGGUGUUAUUUUGAUCAGGUACAUCAAAUCCUCCUACCAAAAUGAUCCAUUCAGAUCCAUUUUGGAAAUUUUCCUAGUCUUGUUUGCGUUGAGAUACUUUAUUUCUCCAAAAUAUUCAAUAGAAAAACAAAAAAAUAACCUACAUUUAUCCAAAAGGGAAAUUGACGACUUGUGUAAUGAAUGGGUUCCAGAACCCUUGGUUGAUGAUUUAACUCCAAGCGAAGCCUAUCUUUUGAAAAAUAUUCCAAUUGUAGAUGGCCGAAUUUCAAAUAAAAUCAAUUUAUUGGAAAACCCUUAUUUAUCCAAUUCUCCUCACAAUAAUGACAUCAAAUACGCUGAUAAUAAGCAAGAAUUUAAGGGCAAAAUCUCUAUUUCUGAUAACCUCGAAAACGUAAUUAACUUGGCUUCAAACGAUUUCUUGAAUUUGAAUAACAACCCAUAUCUCAAAUCAGAAGCCGCUAAGGUCAUUAGAAGUCGUGGUGUUGGUGCUUGUGGUCCUCCAGGGUUCUAUGGUACUCAAGAUAUUCAUGUUAGAUUGGAAAAUGAUUUGGCUGACUAUUUUGGUGCUGAAAAGGCCAUAAUUUACGGUCAAGACUUUUGUACUGCUGAAAGUAUUAUCCCAGUUUUCCUUAAAAGAGGCGACUAUUGUUUAGUAGAUUCAGGUGUAAACUUAUCAAUUCAAAAAGCGGUUAUCAUUUCAAGAUGCAAAGCUAUUUGGUUCAAUCAUAAUGACUUAAAUCACUUGGUUCAAAUCCUUGAAGACUUAAAGGACGAUCUCGCUAAUCAGAAAAACCCAAUUCCAAGAAAAUUCAUCAUAACUGAAGGUUUAUUUGCAAACACUGGUGACUUUCCUGAUUUACCAAAAUUAGUCCAAAUUAAAAACGAUUACAAAUUCAGAUUAUUUAUCGAUGAAAGUUUUUCUAUUGGUGUCUUGGGUAAAUCCGGAAAGGGUCUUUGCGAACAUUUCAACGUUGAUAGAAAAAAUGUAGAAAUUACUACGGGUUCAAUGGCAAAUUCUUUUGCAUCUGCUGGUGGGUUUUGUAUUGGUGAAAAGCCAAUGGUCUUUUAUCAAAGAAUCGCCUCAAGUGCUUACUGUUUUAGUGCAGCUUUGCCCCCAUAUUUAGCUAGAACCACUUCUUGCUCAAUGGAAGUUAUCUCAAAAUCCUAUCGCGAUCAAAUCAAUUCUAAUGGUCUAAAGAAAUCCAUUGUAUCCAAAUUGCAAGCAAAUUGUCAACUUUUUCACAAUGCUUUAUCCAACAAUUCAAAUAUCUUGAAUUUUUUCAAAAUUGUCUCAACAAAAGAAAGUCCUGUCAUUCACUUGGUUUUCAACAGCGAUUACAAAAAAAUCUUAAAAUUACCCAAUUUUUAUAUCAAUGAAAACAAUAAAUAUGCUAAACUGAUAAAUGAACAAUUAGAUGAACUAAACGAAUUCAACGAACCAAACAAGCUAAACGACAAAUCUGGCUCAAAUGCUGCUGCCAUUAAAUCUGAGAGAAUCGAUUACUACUCAAAUCCAACUUUCAAAAAACACCACACUUUAAAAGAAAUUCAAGCAGAAUUGUCUCCUUAUGACUAUUAUAAUAUUGAAAACUUUUUAAUCGUUAAAAUUGUUAAUAAAUUAUUAUAUGAUCACCACAUCUUAGUCUAUGCUUCACCAAGAAUUUUAAGACACGAAGUCAUUAAAAUGACUCCCGAUUUAAAAAUCAAUGUUCAUUCAAACUUAGACUCAACAUCAAUCGAAGAUAUAAUCAAUAAACUAUCUCAAGUCAUUUUGGAAACGUGUAAUAAUAUUAAAUCAUUUCAAGAUUUGAAAAAAAUCUUUGAUGAUGAAAAUGGAAUUUCAAAAUAUUAAGUAAGAACACAUUUUUUUUUUAAGUCUUCCUCCUAAUAUUUACUAUUCUUUCAUUCCUUUGUUUUAAUUUUUUCUGUUAUUAUUUAUGUUUUGAUUUUGAUUUUGAUUUGAUUUGAUUUGAUUUGAUUUUUAAUUUCUGAUUUUUUUUCUUGAAUAAUUUCUGCUUUAUCAUUCCAGUUGGGUUACUUG